AUGCUAUAUUACAAGUUGCAAAAUAUAAUACAGAGUAACAAAGUUAUCAAAGCUGGGAGAUCCAUUACAUUCUCAGUCAUCACAUCAUGUUACAAUACUGGAAAAAAAACACCAACUUUAUGGUUAAAUAUUCAGUAUGAUGCAUUCUUCAGGCAACAUAAGUUGAACAUGAAAAGCAUUAUACUUUCUGUUUCUAAGAAGUUUCUCGAUAAGAAUGGUACCGACCCAUCAACCAAUCAGACUUAUGGCUCGCUUUUAAAAAAACUUACGUUUAUCAAGACAUUUGCUUAUGGAAUUCCUAUCCCCAAGGGAUACAUAUGGACUGUAGAGGCUAGUUAUCUACCGCCACAUACCUCUACGGUCACAGACACACAUAAAGUGAGACUGGAAGUUUACGCACCGGGUUGUUCAAAUGAUGACUCACUCAGCUUUAAUUACAGUUAUGAUCCUCUUGAUGAGUACCUCCAAUUCAUUGAUGAUGGUACCUUCUCCAUCAAUGGUGUGCUGUCUGAUAAUCCCGUAACUCCAUCUGCUGCUAUAGGUUGA